CACAAAUAUUUUUUUCGUUGCGAAGAGAAAAGACUACGAUUUAUUUUAUUCAAUUCAAAGAAACUUUAAAUAGCGGUAUUGUAUUUAAAUAAGUGAUGAGUGAAAAACUAAAGGAUAUUCGAGAGAGAUCGCAAAAGCGGAAAAAAUUGUUGGCACAAACUCUUGGCGUCGGCAGCGUUAGUGAAUUGCGACAUGCUUUGGGGGCAUCUCUUGACGUCCCCGCCAAAAAGCAAGCCAUUUCUGAUACAAACAAUGAUGGAAAUGAAAAAGUCACAAGUGCUAAAGAUCAAAUCGACGGCCUCGUUUACACAGACUCUUCAACAUUUUUAAAGGGCACUCAAUCAUCCAAUCCCCACAAUGAUUACUGCCAGCAUUUUGUGGACACUGGUCAGAGGCCACAGAAUUUCAUAAGAGACGUGGGACUAGCCGAUCGUUUCGAGGAGUAUCCAAAGCUGAGAGAGUUGAUCAAACUGAAAGAUGACUUGAUAGCAGAGACUGCUACUCCUCCUAUGUACUUGAAAUGUGAUUUAAAGACGUUCGACCUGAAGCAGCUGGGCAGCAAGUUUGACGUGAUCCUGGUGGAACCGCCGCUGGGCGCGGGCUGGCGCUGGCCCGAGCUGCUGGCGCUAGACCUGCAGCAGCUGGCGCAGGCGAGGUCCUUCAUAUUUCUGUGGUGUGGCAGCUCCGAAGGCCUCGACAUGGGCAGAGAAUGCUUAAAAAAGUGGGGUUUCCGGCGAUGUGAAGACAUCUGCUGGAUAAAGACCAACAUAAAAAACCCAGGACACUCCAAAAACUUGGAGCACAACGCAGUAUUCCAGAGAACUAAAGAGCAUUGCCUAAUGGGAAUCAAGGGCACAGUACGCCGGUCCGUCGACGGAAAUUUCAUCCAUGCCAACGUAGAUAUAGAUCUUAUUAUAUCUGAAGACCCAGAGUUUGGGAGUACGGAGAAACCGAUAGAAAUAUUUCACAUCAUGGAACAUUUUUGCCUAGGAAGAAGAAGAAUCCACUUAUUCGGCCGGGACUCUACUAUCAGACCGGGUUGGGUGACUAUCGGACCCGAGCUAACCAACUCCAACUUCAAGGCGGAGGCUUACGCGGCUCAAUUCAACGAGGGGAGGGAAACUACCGGAUGUACUGAACGAAUAGAAGCGUUGAGGCCUAAAAGCCCACCUAAUACUAGUAAGGGCACUCGGCCCCGCCCUAGACCAGCCUAUAGGGGCCGCCCUCGACCGCCCAGAACUAACAUUUAACUGUAAACCCUUAUAUCGCCCUCUACACAACAUAUCCUUAAUCUUGAAACAGAACUAACCUCUUACCGUCCUGUACCCUAAGUACGAGUUUGAGCUCAAAACUAUCAUAGUUUUCGUAAU